CGCUUUCAAGCGCAAGCACGACCCGGAAGUCGAGAUCCCUGUAGCGGAAGCGGGCUUCCAGGACCGGAAACGAGGGGGAGCCAACCAUGGCGUCGGCGGUGCUCGCGCUGAGCACGCGGGCAGCAGUUACUGGCCUGUUGUGCCCCACACCAGCUACAGCUCUUGCUGUCAGAUAUGCAUCCAAAAAGACAGGUGGCAGUUCCAAAAACCUUGGUGGAAAAUCACCAGGCAAACGUUUUGGCAUCAAGAAAAUGGAAGGUCACUAUGUUCAUGCUGGCAACAUCCUUGGGACUCAGCGCCAGUUCCGCUGGCACCCAGGUGCCCAUGUGGGAUUGGGGAAGAAAAAGUACCUGUACGCGCUGGAAGAGGGGACUGUCCGCUACACUAAGGAGGUCUACGUGCCCAGCCCCAGCAACGCGGAGGCUGUCAACCUGGUCUGCAGUCUGCCCAAGGGUGCUGUGCUCUACAAGACUUUCGUCCAUGUGGUUCCUGCCAAACCUGAGGGGACCUUCAAACUGGUAGCCAUGCUCUGAAGUCUUGUUGAAGCCGCUGGACAGAGACUGGAGUCCUGGUGACAGGAGAACGUGAUUGCAGAACCCAAGGGUCAGGAUGACAGCAAGCUUCCAAGGAAGAGGUCUGCUGGAUGUGACUUCGCAGGAUCCCUUGUGAAGUGACUGCUGGAAAAAUGUUGGAAGAUCUGACCUGAAUAAAGCUAGCUGAAGCCACAA